GCAAAACGCCAAGUUACAUUAUUAUUAGACUAUUAGUGUAAAUAUCGUGUCAAGCAACGGACGUUUUUGCGCUGAUUUCGUGCGCAUUGACAGCGCAAGAUGCGUUCGAUAGUCUGGCUGCUGCUGGUGGCGGUCGCGGUCGCUGAGGUCGUCGACGAACCGUGGUACGAAGAGGAAGAUGUCGACGAGUCCUACGAUGACGAUGAUGCGAGCUACCGGAAGAAGAGAGAAGUGUAUGACCCCAACAUCGAUCAUCAUCGAGUCAAACGUUGCUGUGAAUAUGAAAAGUCAAGAAAACGACGCUCGCCAGCUGUCAGAGCACCAAGACAGGUUCAUCACUACGAAGUACACGAGUUUACAGAUGAAAGGUUGGGUCCGGCGUCACCUCCGUACGAGGAAAUGCUGGCAGCAAGUGCUGAUCAUUAUCAAAGGUACGCCGUGCCUCCAAAGUCUGCAAGAUAUUUGGACCAUUCCGUUAACCACGUUUCUGGUGCCCAUGUUCCGCUCAAAGCAGCCCAGAUAAACUUAUCUCCAUCAGAAUCAGUACAAUUCGUUCCUAUUGCUACUGAUCCGAUUACAGUUGUGAAUGUAGACGGUCCAGCACCAAUACAUUCAGGACCUUUAACACAAUCACCGAAAAAACUUGAUGGUGGAGAUCUUUAUGGAGCCGCCGCAGGAAAUCAUCAUAAGCAUACUCACGGACAUGGACAUACGCAAGGUGGAGGUCAUGCGAACCAUGGGAAUCAUCAUGCAGAACAUGGUGGCAAGACAACCAAGGGCUUUAGUACGGACCACUUCGUCGACAAAGGUGGCAAAGGGUACAAAAUAGAUGAGCAUCACAAGAAAGAGUACGAGGACGCCGGUGGAAACAAGAAAAAGCAUCACGACCACGCCGGACACCAGGGCAGCCAUGAGGAAGAAGCACAUGGCUCUAGGGGAUCACACUUCGGUGAAAAGAAGGGACACAAGAAAGGGCAUAAGACCAAGGGCUACCACAACAAAUACCAUAAAGAUGAGUUCCAUAAAGAGCAUAAGUUCUACGAUGACUUCCACAAGAGCGGGGAACAUCACAGAUACGGCAAGUUCCACGCGAAGCACGCCAGCAACGAGAGCGGCAAGAAGAAAGCUCACAGGGUCGACGCUGGACACGAUUACGUCGAGCGAGGGAAGAAAGGAUACAGCAACAAGGGUCACACGGAUGCUGACCACAAAGGUUACGAUGGUAAGCGAGGCCAUGAAGAACACCACGCUCACCAUUCCGACCACGGCAAGAAGGGUGGCAAGGAAGGCGGCUCCCAUUGGGGCUAUGCCAAGAAGCACUAAUUGCAAAACUUGUACAAGUAAUACUAUUACUGGGUACUAUUUAGCCAUUUAAGUUAUGUAUGUUAUGAAUCAAAUAGAGACUGUAAGAGAUUUUACUGGUGUAAAACGGAAGCCAACCGAAAAUGCAUGAUUUACAUUAUUUUUGAAAACUUUGAAGCGGUCCCGUUUUAGUAGUAAAGUUUGGAUGAUCAUGAUUGGGUUUUGGGGCUUAUUUAGAUGGGCAAGAUAAAAUGUCAAUUAUUCUGGAUGCUAAUGAACUUUGUAGUAUGGUAAUAAUAUCAAGUAAAAAUUUAGUUUCUGUUACAAUUGUUAUUAUGGAAUAAGGAAUAAAUAAAAAUAGUCCUCAUUCGUUUAUAAAACUAAUUAUUGGAAUAUUACUUCAAUUGGAUAAAUAGUUCAGGGAUUAUCUGUUUCUAUCUUAAAAUUUACUCAGUCUUUUGUAUCUUUUAUUGUGCCAAUGUUUGACCGUAACUUUUCUUCCAGUAACCCUGUUUUAAGGUUUUCCACAAUCCCUUGACAAAUCAGUCUUACCUACUUACCUUUUACUAAAUCGUGAUUUUUUAAUCUCACUUUUGUGACCAACUUUACAUCAUGCUUGACUGUUUCUGU